AUGUCAAGUGCUACCGUUUUGGUUCGAGUAAGAGACCAUUUGAAGAAUAAAGAUAAGUUUACCCUAUUGAAUAAUGGAGAUAUUACAACUGAGGACAUCAGAGAAGCAAGCAAGAUUUCGUUCAAUGACAGUGACGAUAUAUUUUCCCUUGAAGAGUCCACUGAAUUUGGUGGAGAAACACCAUUGAAAGUGAUUAUUCAUUGUUGGUUACAUAUGGAUUCUUCAGCAGCUGAUUAUUUAGCAGAUUGUGAAAAGAGACAAUUACCAAACAUUUCAUUUUUACAGAGAAAUGAUUUAAUAAAUUGGUUGUCUGGGAAGUCUGAUAGUUCUCAAUAUUUGGAAACAGAAGAAACUAAGACAAAAACUGCCAUAACAGAUGAUAAAUCAGUUGGUGAAACAACGACGACAAAAUUGCCAGAUAGAAAGGAUAUGAUUGAUGAUCCUGUGUUGAUUGAAACUUUAAAACAUGAAAGACCACUAUUAGAUCAGAAUUCAUCUCUUCGUGGUUCCAAACCAAUUAAUUUUGGCUAUCUAAUCAAAGAUGCAGAAUUGAAAUUAGUUCAAACUAUUAAAAAUUCAUUAAAAGGUUCUAAACAUAAUAAAGCUGGACAUGUCACCAAAGCUAGUUCAUCCUUAAGGAAACAAAGGGUUGUACAUAAGGAUCCUAUUAUAUUAAUUCCAUCUGCUGCAUCUUCCAUUUUCUCUGUGAGUAAUAUUAAACAAUUUUUACAAGAUUCGAAAUAUGUUAAUCCUAGAGAUUUAUCAAUUUCAAUGAAUAGUGCUAAUGACAUUGUUACAGUGGAAAAGAAAUUUGAUACAUUAGCGAAGCCUUUAAGGUUCUUAAUUGUAAAUAAUACAAGGAUGUUUACUAAGGCAGAAAAUUGGGAUAGACUUGUUGCAGUGUUUACAACGGGUCAUACGUGGCAAUUCAAUAAUUAUCAAUGGAAUACACCACAAGAAUUAUUCCAACAUUGUAAAGGGUAUUAUUUCCAUUUUACUGGGGAUGCAGUGCCUCAACAUGUCCAACAAUGGAAUGUGGAAAAAAUUGAAUUAGAUAAAAAUAAAAGAUUUAAAGAUAUUGAAGUUGUACGUUAUUUCUGGAAUAGCUUAGAAAAGGAAUUAAUCGCACGAGGAUAUCGUUAA